AUGAACCCGCAAUGUUCUAAAUGUAAAGCAGCAAUGAGGAGAUAUAACUACUCCGUCAAAGAGAUAGAAAGAAUGAGAAACGACUAUGCAGAUUUAAAGAAAGAAGCAGAAAAGCCAGCAGAAAAUAAAAUGGACAUGUUAGAAUUUCUGAACAAAAACUAUCCAACAGCAGAAGAUUUCCUUCUAUCUGACGUCAAGAAGAAGUAUAAAGAAACUUUCGGUAUCGUUAAAACAUUCGAUGUACUAAAAGAAGAAAUAGAAGCUACGAAACUGUUUAGAGUCUCACGAAUUCAUAACGUUUACCAUGUGAAACGCUUAUAA